AGAGGAGGGAAUUGGGGGAGGAGACUGUUUCCAUGACCCUAUAAGGCUUUUUCCCGUGAUCCUCUCCUCCUUUUCACCAUCUUUCCUUCUUCCCGGCCGCCGCAGCCAUGAAGGUCGAGCUGUGCAGUUUCAGUGGGUACAAGAUCUACCCCGGACACGGGAGGCGCUACGCCAGGACCGACGGGAAGGUGUUCCAAUUUCUUAAUGCAAAAUGCGAGUCGGCGUUCCUUUCCAAGAGGAAUCCUCGACAGAUAAACUGGACUGUCCUCUACAGAAGAAAGCACAAAAAGGGACAGUCGGAAGAAAUUCAAAAGAAGAGAACCCGCCGGGCAGUCAAAUUCCAGAGGGCCAUCACUGGUGCAUCUCUUGCUGAUAUAAUGGCCAAGAGGAAUCAGAAACCUGAAGUUAGGAAAGCUCAACGAGAACAAGCUAUCAGGGCUGCCAAGGAAGCAAAAAAGGCUAAGCAAGCAUCUAAAAAGACAGCAAUGGCUGCUGCUAAGGCUCCCACAAAGGCAGCACCUAAGCAAAAGAUUGUGAAGCCUGUGAAGGUUUCUGCUCCUCGUGUUGGUGGAAAACGCUAAGUUGGCCAAUCAGAUUUUUAAAUAAAGACUUACCAAGUUAAGAAUUUAGGAACUAAAUUUUUUUUAAGAUUUGAUUUGUUUUCUUAAAGAGGGGAAGGGAGGGAGAAAGGGAGAGAAACAUCAGUGUGAGAGAUCGGUUGCCUCUUCUACACACCCUGACCAGGCUCACCCCGACUGGGUACCGAACCCCCAAUUCAAACAUGUGCUUUCGCUGGGGAUCAAACUGGCAACCUUUCAGUUUGUGGAACACAGUGCCCAGACAACUGAGCCACACUGAUCAGGGCAAGAGCUAAGUUUUUUGAAAGAUUAAUUUCUCUGGAAUACUGCCUCCUAAUGCAAAGUUUCGUAGUAGGAGAGAUGUUAGGCCAAAUGCAUGGUUAAAUGCUAGCUUUGCUCUGAUGAGGUACAAGGGCACAUUAUAGACUGCACUGCAUACUGUCUUGUGGCUGUAAGUACUAGGAUGCAGUGUAUGAGUUAAGGUGCCAUUUAUUCCAUUGCUUUUGUCUGUAGGAAGAUCUUUAUUUUCUUGUUAAAUUAGCCUCUUUUGUGACAAGUAGACACAUUUUAUAUUGGGUUUGCCUUUUGUUCACUGGUAAUGUCACCUUUUAACCAUUAGCUUGAUAACUGAGUUGUAAGCACUUAAAACUAUCAGAUGUAUUUGUCUGCUCUUAUUUUCAAAAAAGAAGUUUAAGUGAUGAGCACAUCUUCAGUAAAAUAUACUUAGAAAUUUCCAAAGCAGUUCAUUGAGCUGGGAGUUUGACAGAGCCAUAGAUAAAAUUGGAGAAAUGCCUGAGUAGCCCGCUUAUGUUUGGGAGAUGCUUGUAUAUAAAAUGUGAUAUGGGAAGUAGCAGUGAUCGUAAUUUAUGAUAAGAAUAGCCUUCCACAGAAAGUAGAUCAUAUUACCUGCAUGUACCACAUUGUGCCAAGUUUCAGGGACACAAUGAACAAGUCAUAUCCUCUUGAGAAACAUGCUUUUCCAUAUGAAAAUACUAUGUGAGGGGGAAAUCAGACAUCAACACUCCCUCCCCCCCCCAUUUUAUCCAAAGUGGUAGAAUUUAUUCUUUAUAGCACGUGUUGAAUUCAGGUGUUUUUCUUGGUGUGGGGAGUAACAAGUCAAUAACAGUUCCUUGGGGAGACUAAGUUAAAUGAUGUGUAAAAUCAAUAUAAGAAAUAUGCAAGAUGCACUGACUAGCUUUUGCUUAGAAAUGCUAAGAUUUUGCUUGAAUAAAAGAAACCUUUUUUUGUUGUGAUAAUAUGUCCUUUGGGAAAAUAAGAUCAUUAUUCCGCUGUGAACAAGGAAAUCUUAAAAAAACCAAAAUACCCUACUUGAAUGCUGAGCUAUGGAGUCUAAAUUUUUGGCCACAGAAUAAAAAAUCCCAUUGAAGCACUGUU